CUGAGAUGGGCGAGACCAUGUCAAAGAGACUGAAGUUCCAUCUGGGCGGGGAAGCAGAGAUGGAGGAGCGGGCGUUCACCAACCCCUUCCCGGACUACGAGGCCGCUGCCUCCGCGGUGUUCGCCGCCGGAGCGGCCGAGGAGACGGGCUGUACUCGCCCCCCACCCACCACCGACGAGCUUGGCCUCCCUUUUCACAACGACGGAAAGAUCAUUCAUAAUUUCACAAGGCGAAUCCAGACCAAAAUCAAAGAUCUUUUACAGCAAAUGGAGGAGGGGCUGAAGACAGCCGACCCACAUGAUUGCUCUGCUUAUACCGGUUGGACAGGCAUAGCCCUUUUGUACCUGCAGUUGUACCGGGUCACGUGUGACCAGACCUACCUGCUCCGAUCCCUGGAUUACGUAAAGAGAACGCUUCGGAACCUGAGCGGCCGCAGGGUCACUUUCCUCUGUGGAGACGCCGGACCCCUCGCUGUAGGAGCUGUGGUGUAUCACAAACUCAGGAGCGACUGUGAGUCCCAGGAAUGCAUCACAAAACUUUUGCAGCUCCAGAGAACCAUCAUGUGCCGAGAUUCAGACCUCCCUGAUGAGCUGCUCUAUGGACGGGCAGGUUAUCUGUAUGCCUUACUCUACCUGAACACGGAGAUCGGUCCGGGCACCGUGUGUGAGUCAGCUAUCAAAGAGGUAGUCAGUGCUAUCAUCGAGUCCGGCAAGACUCUGUCGAGGGAAGAGAGGAAGGCCGAGCGCUGCCCGCUGCUAUACCAGUGGCACAGGAAGCAGUAUGUUGGAGCGGCUCACGGCAUGGCUGGGAUCUACUACAUGCUAAUGCAGCCGGCAGCAAAAGUGGACCAAGAAACCUUGACAGAAAUGGUGAAACCUAGUAUUGAUUAUGUGCGCCACAAAAGAUUCCGAUCUGGGAAUUAUCCGUCAUCGUUAAGCAAUGAAACAGAUCGCUUGGUCCACUGGUGCCAUGGUGCGCCAGGUGUCAUCCACAUGCUUAUGCAAGCUUACAAGGUCUUUAAGGAGGAGAAAUACUUGAAAGAUGCCAUGGAGUGUAGUGAUGUCAUUUGGCAGCGAGGUUUGCUUCGGAAGGGCUAUGGGAUCUGCCACGGGACAGCCGGGAAUGGCUAUUCGUUCCUGUCCCUGUACCAUCUCACGCAGGAUAAAAAAUAUCUCUACCGAGCUUGCAAAUUUGCAGAGUGGUGUCUAGAAUAUGGAGCACAUGGGUGCCGCAUCCCCGACAGACCCUACUCUCUCUUUGAAGGCAUGGCUGGCGCGAUUCACUUUCUCUCCGACAUCUUGGCACCGGAGACAUCCCAGUUCCCAGCAUUUGAACUUGCUCCUUCGCAGAGGAUCAAAAAGAUGUAAAGAGACUACUAAGACACCUGUUUGGACCAAAAGCCAGAUUGCUUAGUGCCUGACACAGAACCAACUGUGAAUCCUGAAGAAGGCCAAAAAAAAAAAAAAGAGAGAAGCAAACACCUUCACGGGCCCCCUUUGUUGCAAAGACCCUCAAGUUAGAGCAUGAAUGAC